AUGCUUCCCGGGGAGGGCCCCCUCGCCUUCCUCCUUCGGUGCCUCCUGCUCCUCUUCGCCUCCGAGAGCCGAGCCCGGGCUCGGCCAGACAUGUUCUGUGACUUCAACGGCAAGAAGUACAGCCCAGGGGAGAGCUGGCACCCGUACCUGGAGCCCCAGGGGCUGAUGUACUGCAUCCGCUGCAGCUGCUCUGAGAACACCAACAUCAGGUGCUACCGGAUCCAGUGCCCAGCUCUGCCGUGUGCCAGCCCUGUCACGGAUCCCCAGCAGUGCUGCCCACGGUGCCCUGAGCCACGUUCUCCGUCCGGCCUCCGUGCACCCUCCAGGUCCUGCCAGUACAAUGGGACCACGUACCAGCAGGGCGAGAUGUUCAGCACCAGUGAGCUCUUCCCCGGCCGCCAGCCCAACCAGUGUGUGCAGUGCAGCUGCUCCGAAGGCCAGAUUUACUGUGGCUUGGUGACCUGCCCCGAGCUGCUGUGCUCCUCUCCCUUAACUGUGCCAGAUUCCUGCUGCCAGGUCUGCAAAGAUGGCUCCUUUGAGAAGUCCACAGAAGAGGAACCACUGCAGCUAAACAGAGGUGUUAGACACUCACAAGACCAGUGCUUGGGAGAGGUGAUAGGGAGGAAGCCGCCUGGAGCCACUGUGUCCACUGUUCUCAGCUCUUCCCUGGAGUUAAUUCCCAGAAGCUUCAAGCCCAAGGGAACAGGUGGCACCACUGUGAAGAUCGUCUUGAAAGAGAAGCACAAGAAAGCUUGUGUUUACAAUGGGAAGACCUACUCCCAUGGGGAAGUGUGGCAUCCCGUCUUCCGCCUCUACGGCCUCCUGCCCUGUAUCCUCUGCACGUGCAGGGACGGCGUCCAGGACUGCCAGAAGAUCACAUGCCCUAAGGAGUAUCCGUGUGAAUAUCCAGAAAAACUAGAUGGGAAAUGCUGUAAAAUAUGUCCAGACACCAGAGUCAAACCCACGGAUGGAAUCGCCACCCCCCAGUGCGGCAAGAGCCCCAGCCGUGUCCUGGUGUACACGUUCGUGCCGCCACGCUCAGAGGCCUCCAAGGAGAUCCUCAGGACCAUGGCAAUCGAGAAGGAGCUGGCAGAAGAGGUGGAAAUCUAUAACUGGAAGCUGAUUAAAGGAAUAUUCCAUCUGAUCCAGACCAAGAAGAUCAGCAAACAGGAAUUCAAGCAAGAAGCACAAAACUUCAGGCUGAUCACUAGGACAAACGAAGGUCACUGGAACAUCUUCCGAGCCCAGACAUCUGAGCUGAUGACAGAAAGCCCAGAGAAGGAAACAAAGAGCUUGUAAAGCAAAGAACUUUCCUCUAACUAUUGAUUUAUCUACACACAGACACACAUACACAUAUAUAUGAACUCCAGAGCUGCAUUAUUAAAUAGACUGGCACUGCAAUACAGGUUACACUAGUGGAAAUUCCAGCAACUCCAGAGAAUGAUCCCAAUCCAUCGGCAUCGAAGCCACAGCCGUGUA